AUGAACCAGCAAAUUGUGACGGAGGAACCUGCAAAACGUGAGGCAGAGAAGAAUUGCUCGGAAAAGGUGGCCCAGCUCGAGCUGCAGGUUUCAAAUUUGACGCAACUGGGAGGCCUCUUGCUUGCAGAGUUCAAGCAAGCGUACGAAAAUGUGCAAGCGGAAGUUCAAUCGCUACGAAUGCAAUUGGACAACGCCAGGGUGCACCAGUUGUACAAACUGAUCGUCUUUGACGAGGAAAGGCAGAAAAUAAUCAAAAUGUGCAACGCCAGCCGUUCGGCAAACCUGGUGAUGCUGACCAACGGAAAAAAGUACUUUUUCUCUCAAUCGACGGGGCCGUGGGAAAGGGCGAACGAGACCUGCGCUGCGAUCCCACCAUCAGGGACAGGGUUGACCUCAACGUGACCUGGACCGAGGCAAAGAAAAGGCUCGGUUAUUGGAAUAAUUGGUGGGUUUCGGCGAGAAAUUACGGGACGCAGUGGGACUUGAAAUUUCGUUGGCACGACGGGACACCCCUGGCGCGGAGCAGCCCUUUGUGGGCGUCGAACGCAACCUGGCAAUGCGUCAACGUCCCCGGCAACGCCAAAAUCUUGGACAGCGACUACUGCAGCAAACACAUGAACUUUGUUUGCGAAAUGCCAGAAAAAUGCUACUUUUAAUUUCAUCAAAAUCGUUGAGAUUUAAUAUCUACCUUUUGCAUAUUUUGUUUAAAAAAAAAUCAGUUUCUAAUUAUUUGGCGUAAAUUUCAAUUAAAGUUUACAAUGCGAUUUCAGAA